GCGCCAAGCGGCAGAACAGAGCGUGGAGAGGGUGUCUCUGUGCGUCGCAGCCCGAGCGCGCUCAGACCAGCAGCAGACAAGAGGCGGUGAACAAGAGGAGGACGCACACACGUUAGAAGCGGAGUGCACAAAAAAAGAAAAGACAAGUUUUAAAAAAAAGAAAGAAGAGGAGAAGCACGGAGCGGCAGCGAGGUGAGGGAAGGAUGCUGUCAAGCCGCUCGGCGCUUGUGGAGUGCGGGUAGUCGGUGCGCACCGCCGCGCUUCUCCUCAGACACUGAAGUCUCGGUUCACCGGUGCCUGGAAUUGCAAGGUCUCGUGGUUUUGUUGUUUGGACUAAUCCAUCGCGCUGGACUUUUUGUGUUGAAGUCUGCUCAGCUGCCUCUAUUCAAGAUUUUAAAGGACACCGGUGGGCAGUAGCUUUUUUAUUCAACCCAAAGAGGCAGUUUGAUCCUUGCACGGCUCCAAAAUUGACUUUCUUUUCAUUUCCAGUAUGGGACCGUAUAUAAAAAGUCUUUCUGGGACGUUUUAAUGUCGAGCUGGAAUAAUAAAUUAGAUAAGAAAAUAUUGUUUAAAUAUUUUUUGCGCUUUUCUUUCACUUCAGCGAGCUUUUUUUCCCCUUUACGCGCAGGAUAAAAAAGAGCUUUAGAAUGUCGUAAAUAAUAUUAGACGCAAGUUUAUUUUUCUAGGCGUGUUUAAUUUUUUUUUAUUAAAAAAUCCAACAAAAAAUUGAAAAGCUGUUUAACGCAUUCAUGCGGAAACAGACACAGUCUGCGUGCGUAUUUGGACACAGUCUGUCCCCUCUCCGCUGCGCGUCCUUGGAGAAGUUAAGAAAACUCUAAUUAUUUCAAGAAAUAAGAAAUUAUUUGAUGAGUUUUAUGUUUAAAAUAUACGAAACAAAGAAAUAAUUAGUUCAUUGUGACAAACAUUUAAGAAGUUUGUUGUGUAUCCAUUUUUUUAUUAUUAUUAUUUGCUUUUGGGGACAGACGGAAAAAUACACAGUGAGCCGACGUCUGGCAAACUGGCCGUCAUGUGGGAUUGAUUGCAGGGGAGUAUGUUUGGGCUGGAGCAGUUUGGUUCUCAAAUUAAUAGCAGAAACCCUGGCCAGUCAGAGAGAAACAUAAACCAACAGAGACUGAACAUGGGCUCCCAUUAUAAAAGCCCAGGCUUUCAUGCUGGAGGCCCGCCUGGAGCUGUGGACCCCGGCAUGGGCCCCAUGAACGAGUCACAAAUGCUGGGGCUCAAUAUGAACAUGAACGGGGAGCCUUAUGGGAACUUUCACCCACGGGGACACCCAGAGAUGCAUGGAGGCGGUGGACUUCAGCAGCAGCAGCAAGGACCGAUGCAUGGAUUUUUUAACAACCAGCAACCUCAUCAACACGGCCAUCAACCUCACCCCCACCAACAUCACCCUCAUUUCAGUGGGAACUUUGGAGGCCCGGAGCCAGGGUCAUCAUGCCUGCACGGUGGCAGGCUAAUGGGCUACAACAAUGGCAUCGCACCUCAGCAGGGCUUUGGAGAAGGAUUUGACCCUCUUUCUGAGGGACAAGCAGGAGACGGCUUCCCACAGCAACAGCAGCAGCAGCGGCCAGGUAACAUACCAGACUUUCAACAUCACGGUCCCCCCAGUGGGAACCACGCUGUCCCUGCGCCAUGUCUGCCCCUGGACCAGUCACCUAACAGAGCGGCAUCCUUUCAUGGUCUUCCAUCUUCCUCGUCCACCUCAUCUGAGUCUCAUGGCUUGGAGCCUCGACGGAUGCCCAACCAGGGAGCUGUGGAGGGAUUAGAGUAUAACUUCCCAAGUGAGCCUCCAUCUGGACAUUUUGAUGUACCUGUAUUCUCCCCAUCAGAAUCAGAAUCCCAGAUACCACACUUUGGGCCAGGAAGGCCUGUUCCCAGUGGAAAUUUCCCAGGGAACCCCGGCAUGCCACGAACACCAGGCAUGCAGGCCAUUUCUAAGGGACACCAGCCACCACCGCAGCCCCAGCAGCCACAACAUGGAGUGUUUUUCGAGCGCUUUGGAAAUGGCCGGAAGGUGCCCGUGGGAAUGGAGCCGGGGGUCAACACAAGGCAUACCCUCAUGCCGCAACAACAACAGGCUGGUUUGAUAGCCAGACAGAACUCGUGCCCCCCUGGCCUUCCCCGACCCCCUCAGGCUGAGCCCAGCAACACAAACCCUAACAUUCUAGAUGGAGGGGUCAUGAUGCCUGGCCAACACAACCAGUUUGAAUAUCCCAUUCACAGACUGGAAAAUAGGGGUUUGCACCCCUAUGGGGACCCCAUGUUUAAUAUGCAACAGCCGGCUCCUCCUCCCUCCCAACAGCCCCCGAAUCAGAGACUGCAACACUUUGACUCUCCUUACAUAAACAUGGCGAAAAGGCCCAGGUUUGAUUUCCCUAACACACACAGCGGUGAAGGCUGGUGUGGCAGUAUGGAUAACCACCUUUCUCCCUCGGCGUACCCUGGCCUCCCUGGAGAGUUCACCCCACCUGUGAAUGAAGGUUUUGCACCAGGUCCCCUGCAGCAUCCAGGGCCUGAGCCACAGUCUCUGCAGCAGCGCCAGAACGCAGCCAUGAUGAUCAAACAGAUGGCCUCUCGCAACCAGCAGCAGAGGAUGAGACAGCCCAGUCUCCAGCAGUUGGGUCACCAUGGUGAUGUACCUCCUGGCCCAAUGACUCAUGGAGGUCCAGUUGGAAACAUGCCUCAGCCAAACUUCGACAGGGAAAACGGUGGCAGGAUGCCCAACAUGGAUGGACAAAAUCCUCACGUAACUCAGGAGAGCUCCUGGUUUCAGGGGUCCCACCCACCUGGAGAGAUGAUGUCACGGCGUUUGGGUGGAGCAGGUAACGAGCCUGGGCCUAAUGAUAUAGGGCUGCAGCAGAAUGGGCCCGGGAUGAUGUUUCGGCAAGGCAUGGGCAUGCAGGACCCCAUGAGAAUAGCAGGAGAUGGACAUGUGCAGACCCUUCACUCUCCUGGCAUGCACUCACAGUUUAGUGGCAACAUGGGCAACCUGUCACAAAUGCAGUCUCCAGGAGCAGGAGCGGGACAUCCGAACGCACCAGUCGAAAGGCGGCAGGCUGACUUUCCUGCACCUCCGAUGGGAGCACAGCCAACUUUUCCAUAUGGGGGGGCUAACCGCCAGGGGCCGGCACACAACGCAUCCCAGGGGGUGAGCACCUCACCAGGGAGCUACCCUCCUCAGUCUGAGUUUCCCUCAGGCCAGCGGUCAUCUGUUAGUAAACUCGGAGCUCUGUCCCUUGGGAACUUCAGCAAAACCAGCUCUAAAGACAGUGUUUUCGGCCAGAGCUGUCUAGCAGCCCUGUCCACUGCCUGCCAGAACAUGAUUGCAAGCCUAGGGGCCCCAAAUCUUAAUGUAACGUUCAACAAGAAGAACCAAAAUGAGGGCAAGCGAAAACUAAGUCAGACAGAGCAGGACAUUAAUAGCAGCACAUCUAAUGGGACUGGCAGUGCUGGUCCUGAGUAUUUUCAGAGCAGCACUUCCCAGAACAGCCAGAUGCCUGGCACCGGGAAUAGCAACUCUAAGCCUGUAAGUCAAAGCCAGACGGUGCAGGGGGAAGCCAGUGCCCUCUCCCCAAACUACAACAUGGACGCUACCCCGUGCAGUGAGGGGAAGGCAGCAACAGGGAGUGGGAGAGGGAGAGGGAGGAGGAAAAGAGACAGUGGACAUGUAAGCCCUGGGAUUUUUUUUUCCUCUGACAAUGGGAACCCUGUUGUAAGUCCAGGCCAGCAGACCCCCUCGGCUGGCGUUGGGGAGAGGGGUGGGGGCACGCCCCAUGAGAAGCACCUCCAGUCACCUUCAUGGGGAAAAGGAGGCGACCUAAUGUUGGGGGACCAGGCUGACCUGAUGUCUUCUUUAGACAGUGGCAUUCAGAGUGUCGCUGCCAAGUCUGACAGCAGCUCACCAAGAGUGGACUUUCCUGACGAUGUCAGCACCCACUACGGCAACGAGGACGAAGUGUCAUCCAGCUCGGAUGCAGGAGGAGCCUCUGCCACCAAGCCCAAUCGCAGCCCCAUGAUCACAGGUUCACCUAAAAUGCAGAGGAGUGAUCAUAGUUUAAUGAAUGGACAAAAGCCCAUGGGCAUGGGCAUUAACAAUCAUACUACCUCGACACCAGACAGCUAUGGACUGAAUGCUGGUGUGGGCACCGGGGCCAGUGGGGUGAGCCACCCGGGCACUCCUGGGGUGGAGCAGGUACGCACUCCAUCCAGCACCUCUGGCCAGGAAGAAAUUCAUCCUCUGGAGAUCCUUCAGGCCCAGAUCCAGCUACAGCGGCAGCAGUUCAGUAUCUCAGAAGACCAGCCUCUGGCCAUGAAGAAUGGCAAAAAGAGCGGCGACUGUCCCUCACAGAACGGAGACAAUGAGCUGGCAAGCUGCAGCCCGGAUGCUGGGAAGGGCUCAAUGGGCACUAUUGACCUUGACGCCCUCAUGGCAGAGCAGCAUGCCACCUGGUACGUGCCUGGUGACAAGGCCAUGAUGGAUGGGUCAGAGGAUGACAAGGCCAUGGGACCCUGGGAAAAAAAUAAAAGCCAAAACAACAAUAAAGAAGGGGAUGGGUGCUGGAAUAAACUGAAACUUGUCUCAGCAUGUGGUAAAUAUUCUCCUUGGAUGCAGCUGGAAAUGAGGCGCUGAAUUUGUGCGGGGAGAAGUCAAAGACGAGGACAUUCAAGAAAACGCAUGUGGCAACCGUCCACUGCCAUGGGGAGUGACCUCCACAAUAACCAUAAAGUGGCACAGAGCCCCCUGGGCAGCCUCCCAGAGUAGAACAGCUUUUAAAAGGUGUGUGUGGGGUUUUUUGGUUUUUCAAGGUGUGGAUGUUGUCACGCUGCCAGCAGCGGUUAUGUUAUUUGCCAUACAGGUAGUCGUCAGGCGCAGUUUAAUUUGUAUUGACGAACUGACAAAUGAGUUAUGACAUUGGAGGUGUUUCUUCUGGGAGACAGAAGCAGAGACUGAUGGAGCACGAGAGUAAGAGACAGAAGGUGGCUGUUUUUUUUUUUUUUUUGUUUUUGUUUUUACCACAGAGCAUGUAGUUUUGCUCACGACUAAAUGGGUAA